AGGUUCAUUUUAAUAUGUUGCAGAAUUUCAGAAAAUGGACACUAUAAAACUCAUUGGAACUUUGAUAACAUUUUAUUAGAUAAUAAAACUCACAGGAAUCCAGUAAAAGCCAAAGUCAAAUCUGUCUCUUGGGAUGUUUUGAAUAAGAAGUUAGGUUAAAAGAAAUACCUUAAUUUUAUUAAGGUAAAAAAUUUUUUACCUUAACUUUUGACAGUAAAAUUAAAUAAUCACCUAGUAAGUCGUUCAGAUGUAAGAUUUGACUUGAAUGCACCAUGUUAAAAUUGGGCCAUAAAUCACAGUGAAGCUGCGCAACCUUUCGGGAAAUAAAGAUUCGAUAAAAAAUAAAAUAAAAACAUUAAACAUACAAUAGAUUACGUUCAUCAUUAUAUUUAAACACAUAUUGCGCUCUCGUUUUUAUGCUUCUCCACUACUCUUGGUGCUCUCCCUUAAAUCUACUGAAGUUCCACCCGGACGAUUUAUGAAACGCAGCAACUUCCUGUUGGAAAUAAACACAACUUUGACAUUGCCUCGUUUAUGUCCGUCAAACAUGAGCACCCUGACUUUAAACUCACUGAGACAAAUAAUGAGAGCGAUGGUCGACCACUCGGGCUUCGACAGAGUCAUGAGCAAGGUGGACGUUGUGUCUGCGAGCCCCGGGAAGGUGGUGUGUGAGAUGCGGGUGGAGGAGGAGCACACAAACCGGGGAGGGACGCUGCACGGCGGGCUGACAGCCACCCUGGUGGACGUGAUCUCUACCAUGGCCAUUAUGCACAGUGAGAGAGGAGCCCCAGGGGUCAGCGUGGACAUGAAUAUAACGUACAUGAAUGCUGCCAAGAUAGGGGAAGACGUCCUCAUCACUGCACAAGUUCUGAAGCAGGGGAAAACGCUGGCAUUUGCUACUGUAGAUCUCUCUAGCAAAACCUCAGGGAAACUCAUCGCUCAGGGACGACACACUAAACACCUCGGCAGCAGCUAAACCGUCUCUUCUAAUCAAAAUCGUAUAAUUUACUGCUAAAACUUGGGAUUCUGAAUAUAUACAGAAUGUACUUGCACUGUUUUUUGUAAGUACAUAAGUUUGCAGAACAAAGUUGUGUGUGUGUUUUUUUUCCCCCUAACUUGUGUUGUUGUGAAUAUUGAGCAGCGAAUGUUUCUUGUACAUGCAAUAAAGCCAGCUGGACAAAGAGUCGGGUUUUUUUUCAGACUUUGCACUGUAUUGAGAUAUGCUCAGCAGUAAAGAUUAGAGAACAGAAAAUCAAAACCCAGACGUUACAUGCCUUACACCCUUUUUUCAGCUAAAACACAUUGAAUCAGCAAGGAGCGAAACUUUACGUACUACUGUACUUCAUAGUCUUUGAAAAAGCAAACCCUUCAAAACUCAAUUUUAAUUUAAAGAAGCUUGGCAGCAGAUUCGCAACUUUAAUAGAUCAAAUUAAACAGAAAUCAGUUAGCUUUAAGCAAAACAUUUUUGUUAGGUAUAUUAUUAUAAUUACUGUUAAAUCUGUCACCAUUGCAAUUCAUCACCAACCCACAUCCCUCCAAAAAAAAAAAAA